UUGCAGACAGCGGCAACAAUGGCGGGGCCACUGGCUCUCCGCCACCUGCUUUAUCACUUGCAGCGCCGCAGUUUCCCAAUCCCCCGACAUUCAAUCUUCCUCAGAUUCUCAAAUCCACUUCGCAGAAAACUAACCCACCCGUUUUCGACCUUCCACAAGCCUACUUCUAAUCCUCGACCUCUGGCCACGUUUGGAGCUGCUAAAGGCAAGUUUAUACCUCCCUUUCAGUCCAACACUUUGAUUCUCAAGGAAGAUGAAAGGUUGGGGAAUGGAGAACUGAACUGUGCAGAGCAAAUCCUUUGCUCGAGUACAAUUGCAGCUAUUGUGACUUCAUUGGGUGGGCCGCCAGGUGCAGUGGGGAUUGUGCGUUUAUCUGGUCCUUCGGCCAUUUCUAUUGCUGGGCAGGUUUUUCGACCCAUGUCAAGAAAAAGGAGAAAAGGUUCUAAUUGGUUGCCUAAUAGCCAUUUUGUUGAGUAUGGUGUGGUUAUAGAUUCACAUGGCAAUGUCAUUGAUGAGGUUUUAGUGGUGCCAAUGUUGGGCCCGAAAUCUUAUACUCGUGAGGAUGUGGUUGAGCUUCAGUGUCAUGGCUCUGAAGUGUGCUUGCAUCGUGUCUUACGGGCUUGCCUAGAUGCUGGGGCGAGGCUUGCCGAGCCAGGUGAAUUCACACUCCGUGCCUUUUUAAAUGGCCGAUUAGAUCUAUCACAAGCUGAGAAUGUGGAAAAACUUAUAUCAGCUAAGUCAUCGGCAGCUGCAGAUGCUGCAUUGUCAGGAAUACAGGGAGGCUUUUCUUCUUUGGUGAAAUCAUUAAGAGCUCAGUGCAUAGAGUUACUUACAGAGAUUGAAGCUCGUUUAGAUUUUGAUGAUGAGAUGCCACCCCUCGACCUCAAUUUGGUCACUGAUAAGAUUCAAAAGAUGUUGAUAGAAGUAAAUGAUGCUUUAGAAACUGCUAAUUAUGACAAGCUUUUGCAAUCUGGUGUACAGAUAGCAAUUGUUGGCCGACCAAAUGUUGGGAAAUCAAGCCUUCUUAAUGCAUGGAGCAAAGUAUGUGUUGAGAGGUCUGAAGCAGUGGCCACAAGUGCUGAUGUCAUUGUCAUGACUGUAAGUGCAGCUGAGGGGUGGACUGUAGAGGAUGAGAGGCUUCUCGAGAGAAUUCAAAGCAAUAAGAGUGCAUCUUCAUCAACUUCUCCAGUUGUUCUUGUGGUCAACAAAGUUGACUGUGACACGUCAUUUCGUGAAUGGGUCGUCGAAAUUUCCGGAAUGUUCGACAGGCAUGUUUUUACAUGUGCUUUGACUGGUCAAGGGAUCUCGGAUUUAGAUUCGGCAAUAAUAGAGCUCGUUGGUUUGAAUAAAGUCCCAGCUGGGGGGCGCUCGUGGACUGUUAACCAGAGGCAAUGCGAGCAGCUUGUUCGGACCAGAGAAGCUUUUCAAAGGUUACAAUCUUCAAUAGAGGAAGAGAUACCACUCGAUUUUUGGACAAUCGAUCUUCGAGAAGCUGCUUUGGCUCUCGGACAAAUAAGCGGAGAGGACAUUUCGGAGGAAGUUCUCUCUAACAUAUUUGAUACUGUGUUUGAAGUUUGA